AUGGUUGGCUGUCCCGCGGCAUCCAGUGAAAUCCGCGGAUCCAGUGAAAAGCCUAAUGGAGAUCAUCUAGAACCUGAACCGUGCCGCUGAGCCGUCGGCCCGUCAGUCGUCGGCCGCAGCUGCGCAGGGCCGCUAGGCUGCUGCCCUGAACCAGGUGCCGCGGGCAGCGGCUGUCCCGGUCACCGCGAGCGGCGGACGGCGACGGCAGGACUGGACAGCGUGUGUCCCGGUCACCGCGAGCGGCGGGCGGCGACGGCAGGAGCAGACAGCGUGUGUCCCGGUCACCACGAGCGGCGGACAGCGACGGCGGGACUGGACAUCGUGUGUCCCGGUCACCGCGAGCGGCAUGGCGAUGCCGGAGGGCGGCGACGCCGACAACACGCGGGUGAUGGGCCAGGCGUGGCGGCUGGCCGCCUGCCUGGCCUCUUACCGGCUCGAACCGCUCGUGUUCGCCUACGCGCUAUCCGUCACCCUCAUCAUGGCGACGUCACAGAAUCUCAUCAUGGACCGUGUGUGCACAGUCAACCUAGAAUUCAACUCCAGCAUAUGCGCCAAUAUUACAAAUCAUCAGUACCUGGCCCAGGAAAAUGAUGUUCAGCGACUAGCCAACAAAUUCGUUCUCUAUAGAAGCCUGAUCGAGGUGCUGCCGAGCGUGCUGUUCACGCUCUUCAUGGGCUCCUGGAGCGACUGCCACGGCCGCAAGCUGCCGCUCCUGCUGCCCAUCGCCGGCUCGAUUCUCACCUGCGGCGUGUACAUCGCGUUCUCGGUCGUGAAGAAUAUACCAGCGCAGUACCUGCUGUUCGCCAGCAUACCGCAAGCGCUGACCGGCGGCAGCACGGUGUUCCUGAUGGCGUCCUUCAGCUACCUGAGCGACAUCACCGGCCAGCGGGAUCGGACGGCCCGGCUGGGCGUGCUGGAUGUCUGUUUCCUGGCGCCGUUGGCCGUCGGCUUUGUGACGUCUGGCGCCGCCGUGCAGCGCGUCGGGUACGUGCCGCUGUACUGCGCGUCCGGCGGUCUGAUGCUGCUGGUGCUGCUGUACGGCGCGCUGCUGGUGCCCGAGUCACGCUCGCCCCAGCAGCUGGCCUUGUCUGCGGCCGCAGCCGGCUCGGUGGUGAGCAAGCGGAACGUGCGGCGGAUCGUGCACACGUGCUUCCGGCGGCGUCACGGCUACAACCGCUCCACCAUCCUGCUGGCCAUGCUCGGCUUCAUCGCACACGAGAUGACGCUCAACGGCGAGUCGAGCAUCACUCUUCCGUACGUGAAGCGAGUGCUGGACUGGGACUACCAGGCUUACACGACCUACGCCUCGAUCGUGCUCCUAGUCUGCAUGGUCUACAACCUGGUCGUGCUGCCCGUGCUCAGCUACGUGCUGGGCGUGGGCGACUCGGUGAUCGGCCUCGUCUGCGAGGUGCUCCGGAUCGUGGGGCUGGCGCUGCGCGGCGUCGUCACCACCACUGGCCUCUUCUAUGGCGUGACCAUGAUCGGCCUCCCCGGCUCCCUGGUGACCGUCGUGCUGCGCUCCAUCAUCUCCAAGAACGUGGCCAAGGAGGAGCUAGGCGUGGUGUUCUCGUUCCUGGCGGCGGUGGAGUCGAUCUGCGCGAUGGCGACGGCGUCCGCCUUCCUGCUGCUGUACAACGCCGUGCUGGACCGCGGGCCGGGCGUCGUCUGGCUGAUCGCCGCUGGAGUCACGUCGCCCGCCCUGCUGGUCCUGCUGGUGUGCCUGGUGCGGGAGCGGCGCGGCGACAUGGGCUACGCCCAGGUGCUGAGCGAGCAGGAGGAGCGCGACAGACGCGAGGAGAGUCAGGAGCCGGAGGACAACACCGACGACGCCACCAUAUUCCAGCACUGAGCCGGACAGCCCGACCCUCCCCACGCUGAAGCCGGCGUGCAACUCGCACUGGAGCGUUGUAUGGUAUCUGCCGCAAAGCGAAGACAGGCGCGGUCCCAGUGGCCACGUAGUGGUCCAUUUUGCAGGACGCGGGGCGGCGGAAAGCGUCACAGAUGUCUGAAGGGAUACGCUUACGCCGUACGGCAGUGCCUGCGCCUGCCGUGGUCUGUUUCACUGCUCGCGUGCCUUGUCACAGCGCUGGCAGUGCAGCGUAGCAGCUCUCUGUGGGACAUGCCGCUGCCCUCAGGGAUUGUCCAUGAUAGCGAAUGUAACGCGCGCAUAAUUAAAAGCACCUCGUUCGCAGCUGAUCACGAGGCUGGCCUUUUCAUGGUGUGGUAUGAUGUGUGUCAUUCGUUUAUGUAGACAUAUCUAUAUUGCCUAAUUUUUAAGAUCGCAUUUUUACACGGCUGUCGGUAGUUUGUAACUAUGUGCUUAUGAAUUAGUGGAGGACUUUAUACAGUAAUGGAUUUGUCCGUAUGAAUGGUUCUGUUUGUAGUGCUGUUUUUCAGCGCCACUUCCUUUUACGGUUGGCCUCACCCAGAUGUCGGGGUGCCCAUGAGCUGCGUCCAUGAAGGUGCCCUGCCGCAAGACUUUCUACCAAUUGUGCUUCAAUCCCCACCCCAUUGUGGGCGUGGUGGGCUGCGACUUAUCGCCAAAGAUCAAAGAACGGUGGCGGUCGGACCUGCAAGAGGACACGAGUCAACGGGCGAGACUCGGCUAGUCUCGGUGUGAAGGAUCACACUUGUAUUCCCGAAGCGCUCGGUAAUUUUAGUCUACCGCAAAUAUAUUUUACCAGGUGCUUUGUG